GGCGUGAUGAUGGCUCAGGGAGGCUGCCGGAAGAUCGUUUUUAUGUGGUCUUUUGACUAUGGCCAGACUCCGCCGGCCCAGCCGGCCCCGCCGGGCCCGCCGGCCGAGCCUCCCAUGCCUUCCUAUCAAAAGCAGAGGCUUCUGAUCAAGGGUGGAAGAGUUGUGAACGAUGACCAAUCUGUGGAGGCUGAUGUGUAUGUGGAAGAAGGAGUGGUGCAGGAAGUGGGACCAAACCUAAACCCCAGGCCUCCCAGUGGCCUCACCGUGCUGGAUGCGACCAACAAGCUGGUGAUCCCUGGGGGUAUUGAUACGCACACGCACUUGCAGUUCCCUUUCAUGGGCACCACGUCAAAAGAUGAUUUCUAUACAGGAACAAAGGCUGCUGUAGCAGGAGGCACCACUAUGAUCAUUGACUUUGCCAUUCCUCAGAAAGGCUGCUCCCUUAUUGAAGCUUUUGAUACAUGGAAAAGCUGGGCAGACCCUAAGGUUUGCUGUGAUUAUGCACUGCAUGUGGCUGUUACCUGGUGGAGCGACGAGGUGAAGGAAGAAAUGAAAACUCUUGUUGAUGUCAAAGGUGUCAAUUCCUUCAAGAUGUUUAUGGCCUAUAAAGAUUUAUACAUGCUUAGUGAUGAGGAAUUAUAUUCAGCUUUUUCCUACUGUAAGGAGCUUGGAACAAUCGCUCAAGUUCAUGCAGAAAAUGGGGAGCUAAUUGCACAGAAUGCAAAGAAGUUGCUGGCAAUGGGGAUAACUGGUCCAGAGGGUCAUGCUUUGUCACAUAGUGAAGACGUGGAAGCUGAAGCUACGCAUAGAGCAAUUGCCAUAGCAAAUACUGUAAACUGCCCCCUUUUUGUAGUCCAUGUGAUGAGUAAGUCUUCAGCAAGGAUGAUAACCAAUGCACGAAAUGAAGGAAAGGUGGUUUAUGGAGAGCCUAUUGCUGCUGGUCUUGGCAUUGAUGGUACCAACUACUGGAAUGAAGACUGGGCUCAUGCAGCAGCACAUGUGAUGUCACCUCCACUGAGUCCAGAUCCUUCUACUCCGGAUUUCCUCAUGAACUUACUGGCCAAUGAUGACCUGUCUGUGGUGGGGACUGACAACUGCACUUUUGACACAUGCCAGAAAGCUCUGGGAAAGGACGAUUUCACCAAAAUCCCUAAUGGACUGAAUGGAGUGGAAGACAGGAUGUCAGUAGUGUGGGAAAAAGGAGUUUACAGUGGAAAAAUGGAUGAAAACAGAUUUGUAGCUGUUACCAGCACAAAUGCAGCAAAGAUCUUUAACCUUUACCCAAAGAAGGGAAGAAUUGCUGUGGGUUCUGAUGCAGACAUCGUAAUUUGGGAUCCUGAAGCUACAAGGACAAUAUCUGCAAAGACACAUCACCAGGCCAACAACUUCAAUGUGUUUGAAGGAAUGGUCUGUCAUGGAGUCCCCGUAACAACAAUUUCAAGAGGCAAAGUGGUUUAUCACGACGGAGAUUUCAAUGUCACAGCAGGACAAGGCAAAUACGUCUCUCGUCCACCAUUCCCUCCAUAUGUCUAUGAACGAGUCAAGCAGCGGCAGGAGGUCUGCAAGCCAGUUCCUGUUAAGAGAGAACCAUAUGCAGGCGUGGUCUCAGCAACACCCGAAUCAGAAUAAUAGCUGCAUUCCUUAGAUUUGCUUCCUUCAGAUAAAAGCAGAUGAAUAUGACCGUGAUGUCUCCACUGAAGCAGUGCACAUUCAGUUCACAACCAGCUUUUCUAGAGCCAACGUGAAACAACACCAACCAAUAAAUAUUACACUGCGCUUCCUCCAUGAAAGUUGCCUUGCAGUCUCUCUUUAAAAGAACCUUUAUUAGUAGAGAGUGAAAAUACAUUUUAGAAAAUGACAUAAUAUUAAAAUAUUAAUUGCAAUUGUAAUAUGGCAGUAGGCCUGUAGGCUCUUAAAUGUGGGUAAAUUUGGGGGCAGUAUUUCUUGUAUUUAUCUUUAAAGGGUGUCUAUUAACCUAUAAAGUAAAAGCAAUGAACAGUAGCCUUUAAACACAUUGUCCAGUCACGGCACAUGAACCGUAAUUCUCUAAUUCAUGUAUUAGAAAGAUCUCUGUAUUUAGGGCCACAAGGAAUUCUCAUACCAGAUACUGGAGAUGAUUCUUCUCUUUUCCUCUUGUCUCUUCUCUAUUCCUGAAAGGGAUACGGUACAGAAAAGUACUGACUCAGGGGAACUGUCACUAUUUUAGAGCUGCUGCUACAUCUCCCCACUCUUGUCUUUAAUGUGGAUUGCCAGUUACACAGCCAAGUGUUUAUUGGCAUGGUCAACUAUUUCCUAUUAUAACCUAUGGAAAUCUGUGCCAAUUGUGUUGCUGAACUCAUCUACAGUAGUGAUUCUGGCUUUGUAGAGAGACACAGACCCUCUCAAAGGGUUAUGAAUCAAGAUGAUGAUGAUGAUGAUGAUGAUUAUUAUUAUUAUUAUUACCUUUGAAAAUUUUUUAACAGAAAAUGUGACGUUUCCCUCAAUGUAAAUGAUACAAAUGGUGGGAUUUUCUGUUUAUUUGUUUUCUAGGAUAGGAUUCUUGAAUUUAAAAAUAUAUGUUCUCACUUGUUAAAUGUAUUUGAUUUCCCCCCUGAGAAAUAACUGCAUUCUAAGAAGCAUAAAUAUGUUCCUCCAUACAGGCAGGUUUUGCUUCAGAAACCUAGAAUUAUGUUUAAAUAUACAUUUUUACACACAAUAGCCCUUCUAUUUUUAAGCAGCAGAAAUAUUCAAGAGAGAAAUGAGGCCAACAGAAAAACACCUGUAUGGAGGUUUUUUUGUCCUGUAUGUAGAAGCACUAUAACUUGUUCUGUGCAAGCCAUAAGCCAAACAGGCACACAGGGACAUUCAUCUUUGUAAGACAGAUAUAGAAAGCAUAUGAUAAUUCUGUUCUUUUAGAUUUGACAGUCAUAUAUUUCCUGUUACAUCCAUAGGCGUAGGAUGAUGUAUGAGCUUGUAGCAGAAACCAACUCUAAUAAUCUAAGAAUUGGUAGUUCUUCUGUCUCUAAAUAACAAAGGAGACUUUUCUUUGUAAGGUGAUGGAGGUGAACAAUCUCUCUUUGACAGAAUGGCAGAACCAGGCAUCCAGUACUAUCACAAUGACUAUUACAAGGCAGUGGAACUCACCAUUCUGUGUAGACUUCUAGAUCUGUAGAUCUGUAUCUGAGUUUAUCAUCUAGUCUCUUUGUAAAGAGAAAAAGGUCCUUCACUGUUCAUUUCCACAGCAGGAUGUUAAACAGACUGGAUAAACUUGUCCAGAUCUGUUCUCCGUUGGGAUGAGAUGGAUAGUUUCCUUGCAGUGCCAUCCCACUUACUUAUUACAAGACAGUAUGCCUGAUUUGGGUUCAGAUGUCUACCUUGCAGCUACCUUCCACCCAGCCCAUCUUUCCCUUUCAGAACUAGAACUUCCUGCUAAGAUGGAUACCUGUCUUAUGUUUUGCCUCACCAAGAGUAUGUCUCCAUUAUUUUUAAUUAAUCUGCUACCUUGGAAGAAGAGCAAAAAUUUGAGAAGAGUACAGUGAGAUGUGUUUAUACUUCUAAUGAUAAUUUGAAUUUGCAUGGAACCUUUAAUAACGGUGUUUAACAAUUACUAGAGCCUUGCAAUCACAUGAUAUACCUGGGAGGCUAAUAAAUAUCCUGACUGUACACUCAUGAGAUCUAUAAAUUCUCAAAGCUCUGAAAUCA